GCGUCUCUGUGCUAAUGCGGUAUGGCAACCUGAAUUUAUGUACUAAUGUACGAAGGUCCACGUUGUAACUGACUUCUUUUCCUGAGCUAGUUUGUUUCUGAGCUUACUUCAAACUGCUUAAAAAAUUGUUGAAACUCGAUUUUUCCGUACACUUCUGACCUUACUUUUAAUAGAGCGCAAUGAAAUUAAACGUCAUAGUUUUUUCAUCAGUUUUCUUGAAUAUCAUAUUUCACUGAUUUGUGUUUGGCCGUAUUACGGUCUUAUAAGUAAACAAAUUCCCUCACUUCACGGUUCCUGUCAGGUGUUAAAGGUAGUAUGUAAACAUUAUGAUUACCAGUCGAACAGUAUAUUUUUGUUUUCUUGUGUUUGAACCAUCCAUUGGUCGAUAAAUUCACUAUUAUGUGGCUACCAUUUUUAGAAUCGAAAUCCAGCGCGUCCACUAUCAGCAGCUGUUUGUUUUUUCCCUUACAGUUUUACCACUACCUCCCGGGGUUCCGAUGUUUGUCCCCCUCUCUCAACCUCCUAUGUCUUGCUAUCAUAUGAAUGUCGCCCACACGCACAUGCCGUCAUCGAAUCCUGUUUUUAUGCCCUCAAAGGCAUCUAAUACAUCCGUUCCAACACCGAAAAUGGAAAUGGUUUCUGUUUCAUCAGUUAACAAGGAAACUACCAGUGAACUCAACCCAUCUCAAAAAGUUAUAACUGCUCCGCCACAAAUGGCUGGACCAAAUGAGUUGGCGGCACGAGCCAAACAAGCCGCUGCAGCGGUCGCAGCUGCCAAAUCUAAGGCUGAAGACGAAGAUGAUGACGUUACUCGAGCAUUGCUAGCUGCAGCAGCCGGAGUUACUUAUACUCGAGUCCAGGGGCCUGAUGGGAAAGAAAAGGUUUUAGCAAGUAUCACUAAACCUCCGUUAACACCAGUUGUUACGCAAUCGAGUAAAAAACCAAAGCCAGCUGAUCUCACUACAGAUACAGAAGUGAAUAAAGUAACACAAACUAUAGUAUUACCACCAGCACCGCCUUCAAUUUAUCGCUCUGCUAGUACGAAUACAAACGAUCAAGUGUAUAAAAAGAAAAAAUACAUUCGUACAGCUGCUGGAGUCACUUGGGAAGACCCAACUUUAGUUGAAUGGGAUCCAAAUGACUUUCGAUUAUUUUGUGGAGAUUUGGGAAAUGAAGUGACAGACGACACUCUAGCACGAGCAUUUAACCGCUAUCCUUCUUUCCAAAAAGCAAAAGUUGUUCGAGACAAACGUACGAGUAAAUCUCGUGGUUAUGGUUUCGUCAGCUUCUCUGAUCCUGGAGAUUUCACCCGUGCCAUGCGAGAAAUGAAUGGUAAAUAUGUUGGUAAUCGUCCAAUCAAACUAAAGAAGAGCGAGUGGCGUAAUCGGCAAUUGGAAGUCCACAGAAAAAAAGAGAAAGAAAAACGUAAACUAGGUUUGAAAAACUGAUAAUUUCCCACCAUAACCCAUUAAAUUUAUCCUGUGAAUAUUUUUCUACUUUCGAAUUGUAAAGUCUCAAAAUACUUAUCUUAGUCAUACUCUUUUUAUUCUCAUUGCAAGUGAAGACCUUAAACCUAGUUUUUCUUCCUAUGCUGAUGCAGUUUGUGAGCUCAGACGAGUUUUAAUUAUAUGCCGAAGCCAAUCCUUAUAGACUACAAAAUGAAGCGAACUUCACUGAGGGAAUUAUAUUAUACAGUUGAGAGACAUGUGAGUUGUUUUUUCUUAUUUCGGAUAUUAAUUAAACAGAACAAGAUAAUGCUUAUGACAGUUUUCCGUAAAUAAGAUCAUUUACGUUUAAUGAACGCAGUGUGAAUUAUGCUGGCUUUUUG